AUGGAGGAGUGCGCUGGUCUCUGCAGCGUGGGCUCUUCGCGGGGAUGUUGGUGUCGUCAGCAGUGCCAGGGCCCAGCUGAGACAGCAGCGGCUGAGGGCAAGCCGGCCCCGGCCCCGGAAGAAAAGCACAUGGAGGCGGGCGCGGCAGCAUGGUGCUGUGCGGGGAGUGGAGGAAUCGCGAGCCCCAUGCCGCCCCUGCACUGCUCGAUGCAGGACCUGCCUGUGGAGAUGCUGGUGGAGAUCUUCGCCUGGCUCCCUGGCACCGACCUGCCCAGCCUGGCCCAGGCCUGCACCAAAUUCCACCACAUCCUGCACAUCGACAGCAUCUGGAGAAGGCGCUGCCGGGUGGAGUAUGGCAUUCGUGAAAACUUGCAGAACCUGGAGAUGAUAGGUAUGUCUUAUCGAGAAGUCUAUGCGAAGCUGCUCCACCCGUAUAGACACAUUUUGGGAUUGUGGCAGCUAGAUACUGAGGACUAUAGAACACUGCUUAAUGUCGUGGUGGACGGCUUAUGCAUUACUGGUUGGACGUACGGGCCUUCCCUUAACACCCAUGUGGAUGGCCCAGUUCAGUUCAAGCCCUCGUUCAGAAUUCGCCUGACGGGGAGGAAAUCAGCCACGGUGAAGUGCAUGGAAGGCCGCCACAUCAGGCCCCACCACCGCCACGUGCAGAUUCAGAAGGGCAGGCUCACCCUCCAGUGCAACAAGACAGACCACCGAAAGGAUUUAACAGCGAGACUUAGGAAAAAACGGGGGCUGGUGCUGACGCUGGGACUGGUGCCGGUGCGGGAGGACAGCUAUCAGUAUGACUGCCUGGCCUACCGCCGCCUCUACCUCCCGCCGAGCCACCCGGACGACCUCAUCAGGCCAGGCCUCUUCCAAUGCAACUACGAUGCCUUCGGCCUAAAGAUUGCCAUGCUCAGCUUCCAUGGGAAGUAUGCCAGGGUCACGAACAUCACGGGACUGGACUCCAUGGAUAAGUUAGAGAUCCACCUCAUGCGCCGCAUCCACCAGCCAGAUGGCGAGAUCUUCCGCAACUUCAACGAGCUCUCCCGCGUGGUCCAGGAGAUUGACGAGCAGGUGAUCUGGGAGCAGCAGCAGCAAGAAGACGGGACGGAGGAAAGCGAGGGCCAUGGCUGGCAGAGCCCUGCCCAGCCCAGCGUUGGGGAGUCCACCGCUGCAGCUUCGGAGGAGCAGCCUGUUCCCUUUGUUCUGCCUGUGGGCGUGGGCUCAAGAGACCGAGACCAGAAUUACCCCCGAACCUGCAGGAUGUGUUUCUAUGGCGUGGAAACUAUUAGUGUUACCUUACCUGGCUUCGCCUGCACCAGGAGCUACCCUGGAGUCUUCAUCCUGUUCGAUGAGAACCACUUCGGGUUCAUCUGGCUGGAGCUGAAAUACUUCGUCCUGUUGGGCAGAGUCCAGAACACCUUCCAGAAUGUGGAGGCACCAUCCCCUCAGGCCUUCCUGGAGAUGCUCAAGGACAUUCAUUCUGGCCCUGACUGGUCAGUCCGAGGCUUAACCAUAUAUCGGCUCGCCACAUCAGUGGAAUAG